ACUGGGGACACUGGGGACAUUGGGGACACUGGGGACUUUGGGGACAUUGGGGACACUGGGGACACUGGGGACACCCCCAGCGCCGUUGGCCCCACAGCCGCAGCGCCGCCCCUCGACCUGUGGGGCAGAAGCGGCGCGGUGACAACGGGGCGCACCUUGGGGUGGGGCGGGGUGGGGGGGCGGGGCUGCGCGUUGUGCAACCCGUGUUGGGGGGGCACGUCGAGCCCCACCCCUCGCCCCCCCCCCGGCCCCAUAAAUACCCCCGGGGGGGCGGAGGGGCCGUAAUCGCCGCCCGCCAUGGAGGUGACGCUGCUGCUGUUCCUGGGGCUCUCCCUCAUCCUCCUCCUCGCGGUCCGCGGGCGGCGGGGGUCCGGGGGGGGCCGCCUCCCCCCAGGUCCGACCCCGCUGCCCCUCAUCGGGAACCUCCUGCAGAUCUCCCCAUCCCAAACCCUCAAAUCUUUCCUUAAGUUACGGGAUCGCUACGGCCCGGUGUUCACGGUCUACCUGGGCACGCGGCGGGUGGUCGUGCUGUGCGGCCACCAGGCGGUGCACGAGGCGCUGGUGGAGCGGGCGGAGGAGUUCGCGGGGCGGGGGAGGAUGCCGACCGUGGAGAGAACGUUCCAUGGGCACGGUGAGGGGGGGGCGUGGGGGCGGCCGCGUGGGGUCACCCGAGUGCCGGGACGUCCCGCCCACCCAGCGCCCCCAGCCCCAACCUCGAUCCCCCGCUCCGACCCUCACCCCGAAAUCCCCCUCCCGUGCCCCCCCAGCCCA